AUGUACAUCGCCGGAUUCAACGUCCCCUUCAGCCCUGCGACCGACAUGGACAUCCCCGUGUUCCUCUCCCUGUCCUACGUUACCUAUCGCAACAUCAAGGCCGCCAAGUCGUCGAUGGCACGCGCUUCAACAGAGGGAGGCAAGAUCAAACCCAAUACCUUGCCUACUACUUUCGUUGGCAAGGCCGUCAGCCCCAUCCACGCGCUCGCGUUCUUCGUGCCGCAGCUUGCGUACCUCGUCAGUGUACCCCUUAGCGGGUUCAAGCAGCCUGGAUGGAUGCUUCGGUGCAGCCUACCGUCGUACGACCUUACGGUCAACCAACAGGCGGGAAUCAGACUUCUCGCGACCGGAAUCCUGCUCGGCAUCGCACGCUUCACGAUGGCGCGGUUGUUCUCGCAACUUGGAUCGCAAUUACAUGGUAUAUCGCGUCGGGAGAACUCCAAAGUUGUCAAACACGGCUUCUACUCCAUCGUGCGACACCCCAUGUACUCUUGCGUAUUAGUCCAGGAAGUCCUUUACGGCGCCAUGUUCUGGUCCUACAUUCCGCUGGCUGCACUUCCUAUCACGGCUGCCGCAUUUGCGAUCAAGAUGCCCAUCGAGGAGGGGUUCAUCCUUAACGACGAAUCCACCGCUGAGGAGUACAAGGCCUAUAAGAAGGACGUUCCCUACAGGAUUCUCCCGUACAUCUGGUAA